CACUGCCUGUGUUGAACUGAAGAGAUUUGAAGAAGCAAUCACUUGGUGUGAUAAGGGAUUAGCUAUUGACAAAAAUUGUAGGAUCUUGUUGUCAUCUAGACUUCAGUCUGUCAGAGAAGUGGGAGAUAAUUCUAUGGAAGAAAAAGAUCAUAUUAGCUCUGACCGUGAUAGUGCAAGUUCAGGUGAUGUCAAAAAAGCAUGGGGAGGCAAGCAUGAGGAGAGUGGAGCUUCUGGGAAUCAUGGCAAUGCUUAUGACAGUGUGGGUGAUUUAAAAAAUUCCAUAGAGUACAACAACCGUUAUCUUAAAAUAGCUAAAGAACUAGGAAACAAGCAAUGGGAGGGUAAAGCCUAUAGCAAUCUUGGGAAGGUGUAUCGGAAUCUAGGUGAUAUUAUAAAGGCCAUAAACUACCACAACCAACAUCUUAAAAUAACUCAAGAAGUAGGAGACAAGCAUGGGGAGGGUAAUGCUUAUGGGAAUCUUGGCAAUGCUUAUGACUGUCUGGGUGAUUUCAAAAAAGCCAUAGAGUACCACAACCUGCAUCUUGAAAUAGCUAAAGAAGUAAGAGACAAACAGGGGGAGGGUAACGCUUAUGGCAAUCUUGGCAAUGCUUAUGACAGUCUGAGUGAUUUCAAAAAAGCCAUAGAGUGCCACAAACUACAUCUUAAAAUAGCUCAAGAAGUAGGAGACAAGCAUGGGGUGUGCGGUGCUUACUGCGAUCUUGGCACUGUGUAUCGGAGUCAGGGUGACUUCAAAAGAGCCAUAGAGCACCACAACCUUCAUCUUGAAUUAGCUAAAGAAGUAGGAGACAAGCAUGGGGAGGGUAAAGCUUAUGGUAAUCUUGGCAAUGCUUAUGACAGUCUGGGUGAUUUCAAAAAAGCUGUAGAGUAUCACAACCUAGCUCUUAAAAUAGCUAUAGAAGUAGGAGAUAGGCAUGGGAAGGGUAAAGCUUAUGGUAGUCUUGGUAAUGCUUAUCAGAGUCUGGGUAAUUUAGACAAAGCCAUAGAGUACCACAACCUACAUCUUAAAAUAGCUAAAGAAGUAGGAGACAAGCAUGGGGAGGGUGGUGCUUUUGGCAAUCUUGGCAAUGCUUUUUACAGUCUAAGUGACUUCGAGAGAGCCAUAGAGUACCACAACCUACAUCUUAAAAUCGCUAAAGAUAUAGGAGACAAGCAUGAGGAAGGUAAAGCUUAUGGUAGUCUUGGCAUUGCUUAUCGGAGUCUUAGUGAUUUUAAAAAAGCCAUAGAGUACCACAUGCUACAUCUUAAAAUAGCUAAAGAAGUAGGAGACAAGCAUGGGGAGGGUAACGCUUAUGGCAAUCUUGGCACUGCUUAUCACAGUCUGGGUGAUUUUAAAAAAGCCAUAGAGUACCACAACCUACAUCUUAUAAUAGCUAAAGAAGUAGGAGACAAGCAUGGUGAGGGUAAAGCUUAUGGUAGUCUUGGCAAUGUAUAUCAAACGCUGGGAAAUUUGGCCAAGGCCAAUGAGUUAUUCAGCCUAUUGCUCAAAAUUGCCAAAGAGGUCGAAGACAAACUCUUGGAGGCAAUGGCCUACUUCUCAUUAGGACGCGUUUUUGAGUCGCAGGGUGAACUGCCAAAAGCCGUUGAACAUUACCAAGCUAGCAUAAACUUAUUCAAUUCCUUGAGAGUACUUCUAAAAUCUAAAGAUGAGUGGAAAGUUAAUUUUCGAAAUCAGUAUCAAAUGGCGUAUACGGGUUUGUGGAGAGUUCUCGUAGAACAAGGUAAUAUAGAUGAAGCCUUAUUUGUUGCUGAGAAAGGACGAGCUCAAGCUCUGACUGACCUUAUGGAAUCCAUUUUAUAUGGUGGAACAAGUCAGCGUAAGGGAGGUGAUGAAGAUUUAGCAGUUUUAAAAAACGUUCCAUCAGAUACUGUCUUUCAGGCAGUGGACAAAGGCGGCGUCUAUCUUUGGGUUGUGUCCAAAGGAAAACAAGUUCAGUUAAGACAAAGUAAACUCAAUCGUGCUGUUUCAGAGAAUAGUGGAGCUAGCCAGAUUUUUGAGUCACUCAUGCUUGGAGUCUACACACAACUUGGUGUUUGUUUUAAUGUGAGAUGCGAGAAUCGAUCUUUGGAAGAAGACAACCCUCACCCUUCCAUUCAACAAAACGAAUGCUUGAGUACUUUGUUUGAUACCAUUAUAAAGCCGGUGGCUGACCUGGUUCAAGGUAAGGAGCUACUCAUUAUUCCCGAUGGACCCCUGUGGCUCGCUCCUUACGCUGCAUUUAAGGAUGGUAAUUCUAAAUACCUGUGUGAAUCGUUCAGAAUUCGUCUCGCUCCAUCGUUAACAAGUCUUAGACUCAUUGCCAAUUGCCCAGAUGAUUAUCACAAAAGCAGUGGUGCGUUACUUGUAGGAGAUCCGUGGGUAUCCGAGGUUACUAACAGCGUGGGAGUGAAAAUCCUCGAGCAGCUUCCGUCUGCUAAAGAAGAAGUAGAAAUGAUAGGAAAAAUUCUGAAUAUCACGCCAAUCACUGGCAGACAGGCUACGAAACGUGAGGUGUUGAAUAGACUCGGUUCCGUCUCCUUAGUUCACUUUGCGGCACACGGAUGUAUGGAAACUGGCGAAGUUGCUCUUGCACCUGAUCCAGACCGAAUAUUCAGUUUUCCAACGGAGAAAGAUUACGUUUUAACAAUUGAAGAUGUGAUGAAUGUUCAAGUUCGCGCCAAGCUUGUUGUGCUUAGUUGUUCCCACAGUGGUCGGGGCGAGAUCAAGGCUGAAGGUGUGGUUGGCAUUGCGCGCGCUUUUAUGGGGGCUGGUGCGCGGUCUGUUGUGGUGUCCCUGUGGGCGAUUGAUGACGAGGCUACUCUUGAGUUUAUGAAAUGCUUUUAUCAACACCUCGCAGAAGGUAAACCUGCAGGCGAGUCACUGAACCUAGCCAUGAAAAGCCUCAGAGAAUCAGACAAGUUCUGCGACGUCAAAUACUGGGCGCCCUUUUUACUGAUUGGAGAUGACGUCACUCUUGACUUCAUGACAAAGGAAAGAGAAAAUUUGAAUGUAAAAUUACACAAAUAAAAAAUUGAUUUUUGUUUUCAUCUAAAAAAAAAUGACACAAAAACUUGAAUGGUUUAAAUGUUUCUCUAUUUCGGCAAGUUUUGGCUAUUUUUCAUCACUUUUGACUUUUUCGUUAAAUGGAACUUGAGAUGUGUAACUCUACCUUGGUGAAGAAAUGAAUAGAUACUAUUUCAUAGACAUAAAGGUUAAAAAUUGUCCAUGUGACCAUAACAAGGAAACAGCGAAGCAGAGUUCAAUCUAACUGAAGUUCCAUAGUUGUGACUUUUAAUUUAUUUGACAUGGAAUUUUUUGUUUCAAGGAGGAAAAUAUUUACGCCAAUUAAUCAGCGAAGCAGUUGAAGUAAGCCAUGUAGUCCUUAAUGGGAAAUAUUUUGGUGAAAAGGUUUAUGAACAAAUGUAAAUGAAGUCCGUAGUUGAAAAGGUUCAGGGCUUCAGGAUAAAACUUUCGAUUUCUGAAAAUUCCCUUUUCAAAUUUUUUGCAUUACUUUCAAUUUACCUUAGUCUAAUUUGAAUA